GGCAAGUUGUGAUUUACUAUUCCUUGUGUAUGUUGUCUAUCACAACAACCGGGCGUAGAAAAUAUGAGACAUUUGAGGUUCAACACAGAUGUGUAAAUAUGUCACUCUUCUUCAUGGUCAUACAAGCUUUCUCUCAAGUAUGUUUCGGAAUUCUCAGGGUCUCUCAUGAAAUUUAUGGUAACAAUGGAACAAUGACAAGCCCAAACUUUCCAGGAGUGUAUCCGCCCUAUUUAAAUAUUCUUUGGAACAUAUCAACAGAGAGAGGAAAUCAGAUAAAACUCAAUUUCACCUCAUUUCACCUGCAAUCCUCUAAAGAAUGUGGAUUUGACUUUGUUUUGGUCCAGGAUGGCCCCUUGCCAUCCAGCGAUGCCAUCGUGCGCAUUUGUGGUGAGAAAAGAUCAGACAAGAUUGUGUUUUCAACAGGUCCCCAUUUACAGAUCUAUUUGAACACUGAUGGCCACUUAGAAUUUUCAGGAUUUCAAGUUUUCUACGAUACAGUUACUCUCAAUCACAGUUUUGUCGAAGAGAUAAAAAGGUGGAUAUCGCAGCCGUGUCCGGGGCUAAGGAAUCACUAUAAAAAGUGUAAAUGUGUUAGAGUUGAAAGCGACAUGGAGUUGUUAUAUCUCAGGGUGGAUUGCUCAGAUUUGAAGCUGUCUUCUGUCUCUGACGUAAACCACUCUAGUAUCACCAUACUGCUGGACAUGAGCGGCAACGAAAUACGAAGGAUUCAAAAUGCUGACUUUGCUGGUCUCGAAGAACUCGGAAUUUUACAUCUUGCUAACAAUAAGAUCGAAACUAUUUUCAAUUAUACUUUCAAGAAUUUGAAUAAUCUGCACGAACUCGAUAUGUCCCAGAACCUUAUAUCAAACAUCUUCUAUGAAACAUUGGCUGGACUUAACUCUCUGGAAGAAUUAAACCUGGCUGAGAAUCUGUUAACAAGUCUUGACAAAAAUUCUUUUCGAAACCUCAGUUGGCUUCAAAUUCUAAAUCUAAACAGGAACUAUAUAUCACAAAUUGACGAGGGGGUUUUCCAGAAAAAUUCCUUGCUUUUGGAGCUAUCCCUCUCAGGAAACGAGUUGGAACAUCUUCAUCCCAAUACUUUUGUGGGUUUACAAAUCCUUUUUUACGUGGAUUUGUCGAACAAUCAUUUGAAGGAUUUAUCAGUUGACACUCCGUCUUUGGUGACGUCCUUUUUUCUUUAUUCUUUGAAUUUGCGACAUAAUCAGAUAUCUGAGAUACCAUCUCAAGCAUUUAUCAACAGAACUGUGGAUGGAUCAAUAGAUCUUUCCAAUAACCACAUUGAGACUGUACACCAAGAUGCGUUCAAAGGCCUUGGCAGAGCUAAUAUCAUAUUGCUAGGAGGCAACAAGAUUUCUCUACUAUCAAAUGGGACUUUUAGCAACAUGAACUAUCUUUUUUACCUCGAUCUUUCAAGAAACCGGAUCGCAAGAGUCGAUAGUCACUGCUUCUUUAACCUUCCUUCCAUUAAGCUCAUCAAUCUAGCAUACAAUCCAUUACGCAGUAUAUCAGAAAGAGCUUUCUCAACAACGCCGGAUUUGCAAUAUCUGAUCUUGGUUUUCACAUCUAUCGAUGUACUUUCACCUAAUGAUCUGUCAGGACCACGGGACUUGGUGAUAGACCUGACUCCUGCUCAGGAAGUUAUCAUUUAUAAUGUAUCAGUCCCCAGUCAACUUGGAGGCUUUGUCUUGGGAUUCGUAUGUAAACUGACUGUGGGAAGUGUGCAAGAUUAUCUAUGUAAUCCUUGUCCUCUUGGAACAUAUGAAGGGAUGCAAGGGACCUGCACUGCAUGCCCUGCAGGUGGCUUUUAUCAAGAUGAACUGGCCUAUUCUGGUACUGGAUGUAAACAUUGCCCUUUAGGUCACUUUGUAACACUGGAAUCCACUCCAGGAAAAGCCAUUACAGAUUGUGUUUUGUGUCCUCAAGGUACCCAAUAUACAAAGUUUGCUGGCUAUAAAGGGUGCGAGUGCCUACCGAAUUUUUAUCGAAUGGAUCGAUUUGGCCAAUGCAUGCAAUGUCCAUCACAUGGACUUUCAUGCCAAAACGAGUCAGCAAGACUAAAGCCAGGAUUCUAUUGGAAAUGGCCAUCGAACGAGAGUCUCAUGAAAUACCAAAAAUUCUCAGCAGAUCUCUUAGUAGAAAAUGACUCGUACAAACUUCUCAGAUUUCGAGGAACAGUGCCGCCGGUUUACGAAUGCUCAGUAACAGAGGCAUGUCUUGGAGGCAUGGAGUCGAGAUGUUCUCGUGGAUACGAGGGUCCAUUAUGCGCUGUCUGCAGUAAAGGACAUUACCAAUUGCUCAACCGCUGUCGCAAAUGUCCUAUACUACUCUGGUUCGUUUUGCAAGUGAGUGGUAUCACCAUCAUAUGUGCUUUUCUUGCGGCCAGCGUUUUUUUGGGAAGGAAGAAAACUUGUGCAUCCGGUAGAAAAGUGACUGACAUGAUGCUAGCUCGUCUUAAGAUUGUUAUCGGCUUUUACCAAGUCACAUAUGGAACCUUAAACACGUUUUCUUAUGUUGAAUGGCCAAGGGCGUUAUGGACGCUUGUGCAUUAUGCCAACAUAAUACAGCUGAACCUACUGGAUAUUAUACCGUUGCAGUGUAUCAUCGAUGGAGUAACAGUAAACGCGUACACCAGAUUACUAACAGUUGUUGGGCUACAUACGGCACUUCUCACUCUAGCAACCCUUAUCUACCAGCUUAGAAAACUGCUGCUUCUUAAAAAGAGGCUUCAUAAUGUGGACCUGACUGAAUCUCUGUCCGCUGAAAGAACUCAGGUCUAUCGAGUUGUCUCCCUCUUGGUUUUUGUGACUUACCCCUGGACUUGUGCCACCAUCUUAAGCUUUCUGUCCCCAACAUGUCAGCAGAUUUGCUCCAGCAAAGACGUGUGUCAGUCCUUCUUGCGCGCCGACUUCACAGUCCAAUGUUUUACUGAGAAGUACAACAGAUAUACAAUAGCUGUUUAUUUCUUACUUCUACCUGUUGUAGUUGUACCUAUUGCAGUACUCUGGCUACUAUGGAGGUUCUUCAAUAGAAGGAUCUAUGACCAGGCGGAAACCCAGGAUCGUAAAGGAAGGGAAAUGUCUAUUGGUCUCAGUUUCCUGUACGAAAAUUACGCUCGGCAGUGUUGGUUUUGGGAAAUUUUCGAACUGAUCAGAAAAGUGUGGGUGACGUCAAUACUCUUUCUUAUGGGAGCUAACACACGGAGUUACUUAGGUGCAGCUGCCAUAACAUCCGGGUUUUACACUAUUUUGGUGGCUUAUUUCAAGCCCAUCCGGGACACGUUUGAACACUGGUUGCAGAUUGUGGCACUCCUCGCUAACUUUGUUACCUUAAACGUUGGGAUGCUAUUAAAAAUACCGAUUGAUGAGGCUUCCUUGGACAGCCAUAGAGAAAGAGACAGUACUUUUGUUUCGGUCAUAUUGGUGGCUGUAAAUGUAACCGUUAUAGCCGUCAUGGCAGUGCAGUACAUCUUUAACUUCAUCACCUCCAUAAAUCAUGUGAGGAAAAAUCCUCAGUGUGAAGCUAGCUGCUGCAUCACGUUCAUAAUGAUCAUGGUUGGGGCCGGAGAAGAUGCCGCAGGCCUGGAAACCAAUGACUCAUCGUCGGUCCAAGUUACCCCGUCUCAGGAAAGAAACAUCACUGAGUUAAGAUCUUUAAGUCAACAGGAAGACGCUCGUGGAAAUUGAAAAGAAAAAAUUUUUUUUUUAUGAAUUCUUACUCUGAAUAAUGAUAGAAUCGUUCUAACCGAAUAUGGAGCAAUCGCCGCACCAGCAGAAAAAAAUUAGAUUGGAGAUCAAAGCAUGUCUUCUUUUACUGAUGUAAUUGCAUAGUAGGAGCUUAUCUCCUUAGUUCGCUGUAUAUCAGCUGCGACACUCCAAGUAACUCAUGUUUUAAACAAAAAGGUGUCAAGCCUCCAAGGGAAUCAUUGUGCCUAACAGGUUUACAGUUAUCAAAAUGUAAACCUUGUUGCUU